AUGGCCUUGCCUUCAAAGUCAUCCUGUAAGGCCAAGCUGCCUUCAAAGUCACCAUGUGAGACCAGGCUGCCUUCAAAGUCACCGUGCGAGGCCAGGCUGCCUUCAAAGUCACCGUGUGAGGCCAGGCUGCCUUCAAAGUCACCGUGCAAGGCCAGGCUGCCUUCAAAGUCACCGUGCGAGGCCAGGCUGCCUUCAAACUCACCAUGCAAGGCCAGGAUGCCUUCAAAGUCAUCCUGCAAGGCCAGGCUGCCUUCACAGUCACCGUGCAAGGCCAGGCUGCCUUCACAGUCACCGUGCAAGGCCAGGCUGCCUUCAAAGUCACCCUGCCAGAAAUUUAACCUGCAAGGCAAGCUUGCUUUGAAGUCAACCUGCAAGACAAAAAGACGACACAGAGAAUUGGAUCUUUUCUGGGCUAUCAACAAUUGGACCGUCACUAUCUCUUUUCUCUUUCUUUCAUCAUUUUCUUCUACCUUUUUCUCUCCGACUCAAUUUUUCUAUUUCUCUUCAUUUAAUUCUCCAUCAUUCUUUGCGUUCAAUUCAUUUCAGUCUUCUUUGAAUCCAUUCCUUGUAUUCUUCUCUUCAAAUUUCCUUUUCCACCUGAAUUCUUAUCUCUCACAAUUCUCCAACUGUCAUUUAACAACUUCUCUCACCAUCCUUCGUUCUUAUUCCUAA